CACGUCGGACCUUUGAAAUCGGGCCGGAUCGGACUUAGCUGGAGUAAAGUUCCUUAAAGUGAAUCCUGAGACUUCAGGGUGAACAACAUCUGGGUGCUGAUGGUAUUUGUGCAAUUGGUGGUGCCAGCAGCCAGAAACGGAUAGGUAGCUGUGCAAUGAGCAAGUUGACGAAGCCAUGCUCAAGGGGCGCGCCGCGGAUCCGCUUUGAGCAACGGUAGUCCCAGGUCGGUGGUGGUGCCCUGCCGCGGCUGUCCUCAUGGCACCCCCUGUUGCGGAGCCCCUUGCCCCUGCCCCCGCCCCCCAAGGCCCCCGGCUGAAGCUGCCACCGCUGUCCAAUCCGUUCUUCUUUCAGAUCAUGCCCAUGGUGGGGGCGGGAAUUGGGGUCGGCUGCGGCGUGGGCAUCGGGUUCGGCAAGCAAGUCCCAUUUGCGUCGCUGCCCGGCUUGGAUGGCAUUGCCAGCGGCGUGAGCCAGGUGGGCGGCCAGCUGCGCGGGGUGCGUGGCUUUGUCAAGAAGGGGCUGGCCAAGAGCGGCCAGAAGAACCUGGACGUGGGGCUGGGCUGCGGGGUGGGCGUCGGCUACGGCUUUGGCGCGGGCCUCUUCCUGAAGCCGGGCGUGGGGGAGGGCCUCGUCGACAGCGCCAAGGCGGCCUGGGCCGGCGCACAGGAGCAGCUGCACACGCGCUACGGGCACCUCCUUCCCAAAACCGGAGCCACAAAUGCAGAGCCGUCGGCGGAAGUUGGAGCACCUGGCCCCACCAUCGAGAAUACGGGGGUGAUCGGAGGCAGGAAGGCCGCAAAUUCACAACAGUCUGGAGGAGCAGUGACAAGCGAAAGCGAGGGUGAGACAGUGCCACAGGAGGCAGUUAAAGCGGAGGGUGUAGCAGUUCCUAGAGAUCCAUUAACGAGGGCCGCGCCAAAAGAUGUGGGUGCUACAGACCGGGGCCCAAAGGAAAGUAAAAGAAAGGGCGCAGUCACGAAGCAAGGAGAUGCGGAUAGUGAUGAAGGGGCAAAGUGGUCGCCAAGUAUGCAGCAGGAUCAGGGCGGCCGUGGAGACACGGUUGCACACGCAAAAAGGAAAAGCUCCGGAGGAGAGCGGGACAAGGAACUGAAUCGGCUGCAAUUAGAGAAUGAUGUAUUGCGAGAGACGUUGCGACAACGAGAGUUGAUAGAGCACCUAGAGGGCGAGGUGCAAACGCUUAGAGAAAUGCUUAGUGGCAAGUCCGUAUGCAGCCGAUCUAGGAGUCUUGGGCUAGGCACCACCCCUUCAUUAGAGGAUCUUUGUUUCAAGUGUCGGCGGGUAGCACUUGGAAGACGAAGGUAACGGUGCUUGGUACUCACAUAUGCUUGGACCAUAGAUGGGCACUGGACUGCUGAUCCUCUUGGAUCGAGCAGUCAAUGUCAAGCUUCUCAU